AUGCAUGCAUCUAAGAAAUAUAACGCACUGAUGCAAAGUGCAACAGUGAUAUCCAUUUCCGACAGCUAUCUGAACUCCAUUGAACUAAAGUUCCGCAAUAGACAUUCUACAAAUGCUAAAGAUAGUUGGGCAAGAAGAAGUUUAUAUUCACUAUAUGAAUGUAUUCCCGGGGUCAUGAAUCCUCAAUGUAAAACAGUUGGGAUCUUGAGUAGCGUCUUCAUCUUCUUCUUUCUAUUAGCAUUUUUGAUACGAACUUUAUUAAUCUUUUCGCAUCAUGCGGAGAAGGAUAGAAAUUGCAUAGUUGAUAGCAGUCACAUGGGAACUGCAUUGUCUACUAUGAUAGACCUGACCAAAGUCAGUUUCAUUUUGUACAUAAUUUUAAUGUUUAGAGUGGCUUACGUUGAUCCGAAAUCUAGAGUCUUUGUAUACGACUCAAAGAAAGUAGCUCUUAAUUAUCUAUCUGGCUACUUUAUUGUCGACUUGUUUUUGGUGGUUCCACUUGCCCAAGUCAUUGUACGGUGGGUGAUACUUCGAACAACCAGCUUCUCUUAUGGGCCAAUUGAGGUAGUAUAUUUCUUGCAGUAUAUGGCCGUGCUAUGUAGACUUCUGUCUAUGCUUGCCAAUCAGUCUACAAACGCCUUGGUAUUUAAGUCAUGGUUGUCUAAAUUUGUUAUAAAUCUUCUGGCAUUUUUUCUUUUUAGUCAUGUGGUCGGGUCAUUUUGGUAUUACUUUGCCUUGAAUAGGGUAGCCUACUGUCUUCGAAAUGCUUGUGGUGAGAAUUGGUGCUUAAUGUAUGUAUCUUGUGAGCGUAGAUAUGAGAAUGAGAAUUUUGUAAAGGACUCACCAUCAUUCAAAAACUGGAAGAACAACAACAAUGCCACGGCUUGUUUUGGUCCAAGCGGUUACAAAUAUGGAAUUUAUGUGGAAGCUGUCAGCCUAGCUCAAGAAUCUAAUCUACCAAUGAGAUACAUCUAUUCACUGUUUUGGGGGUUCCAGCAAAUUAGUACUUUAGCUGGAAACCAAACACCAGCUUUCUUUGUGGUAGAAGUUCUCUUCACUAUGUUCAUUACUGCUACAGGUCUUUUGCUCUUCUCUCUUCUCAUUGGAAAUAUACAGAGCUUUCUCCAUGCUCUGGGACGCAGGAGUUUAGAAAAGUCUAUGAGGGGUCUGGACGUUGAGCAUUGGAUGAGCCAUCGACGAUUGCCAGAAAAACUUAAAAGGCAAAUCCGUAAAUCAGAAAGAUACAACUGGCUUGCCACCAGAGGCGUGAAUGAAUUAUUAUUAUUAGAGAAUCUACCUGAAGACCUUCAAAGAAAUAUACGCCGACAUCUCUUCAAAUUUGUGGAAAGCAUCCCAAUCUUUGAUACGAUGGAUGAAUCCAUCUUAGAUACAAUUAAGGAAAGACUUAAACAGAAAACAUAUAUCAAAGGAAGGAAGCUAAUGGUUUCUGGAGGUCUUUUUGAUAAGUUGGUUUUUAUAGUUCAGGGGAAGCUUGAGAGCAUUGGAGAAGGUAGUAGCAGUGUAGUUUCAUUUUCUGAAGGAGAUGUUUGUGGCGAAGAACUUGUUACAGUGUGCCUAGAACAUUCUAUUAUGAAAAGAAAUGGAGAGGAUUUUAGGAUUCCAGCACAGAAGUUGCUAAGCAAGAGGACAGUAAGAUGCUUAACAGAUGUAGAAGCAUUUACUCUCGGAGCUGCUGACCUGGAGGAAGUGUUCAGAUUCUACUCUGGGCUCCUGAUCAGAAAUCCUCAUGUUAAAGGUGUAAUUAGGAAGCAAUGUCCUCCUCAUAGGCAGGGUCUUACGCGAAGAAAAUCAUUUUAA